GGCGCGGCGCGGGGCGGCGGGAGCGCAGUGCUCCGCUCCGCGCCCGCAGGGUCCCGUCGCCGCCGGUCGCUGCCCGCCGCUCCAUGAAGGUCGCCAGCGCCGCCCCGUCGCCGCUGCCCGCGGGCGCCGGCGGUUCGCUGAAGGCGGUGCGGCCCGGGGAGGCCGCGCGCUGCGGGCCGGGCCCGGGGGCGGCGGCGGAGCAAGCGGAGCAGGCGGCGGCCGCGCUGCUCUACGACAUGAAGGGCUGCUACUCGCGGCUGCGGGCGCUGGUGCCCACGCUGCCGCGGCACCGGCGCGUCUCCAAGGUGGAGAUCCUGCAGCACGUCAUCGACUACAUCUGGGACCUGCAGCUGGCGCUGCAGCGGGGCCCCCCCCGCGCCGCCGCCCCCGGCGGGGACCCCCCCGAGGCUCCGUGCAUGCCCGCCGCGGACCGCAUCCUGUGCCGCUGAGACCCGCUCCGGACCGGCGAGGACUCGGGAGCCCCCGCGCCGUCGGGGGGCUGCGCCGAGGGCAGCCGAGAGCCCCCGCCCGGGGCCGGCGCCCCCCACCGCGGCCUCGCGGCACGUAUCCUUCUCAGAUUGCUGAGAGCAUUCCCCGUAUUGUAUAUUACAAUGAUGCUGGCGAAUAUUGUUCUACAAUAGUUGGAGUUUUGUUAUUAAACAAGCCCUGGUUACGAGA